UUUCUCUAGUUUUGAUUGGAGUGUUCGCCAUAGUGACAGCAGGUGGCGAUUUUAGUUAUAUAGAGUAUGGUGUCAUACCAGAUGUGUUGGAUUUUGAACCAGAUGCUCUGUUGCAAUUAAUAUAUGGCGACAUAUUCGUUAACCCAGGAGAUAUUUUGACACCAACAGAAGCCAAAGAUGCACCAGAAAUUCAUUACCCAUUCGAAGAUGGAGAGUAUUAUUUUUUUGUAUUGACAGGUCCAGAUGCUCCGGGGGACAGUUAUGAAACAAUGCCGGAAUUUUGGCACGGUGCGAUAGCGAAUAUUCCUGGUGACAGAAUUUCAGAAGGAGAAACUCUGAUGGGGUACAUGACUCCAAGUCCUCCCGAUGACAAUAUUUACCAUAGAUAUGUUUACCUGGUUUAUAAGCAACCUGGUCUGCUGGAUUUUGCGGACGAGCCGCGGAUAUCCGAGACUGAAACCAAGGGAAGAUCUGCCAAGUCUGUGAGGAAGUUUGCGGAGAAAUAUGACCUGGGGGAUCCGAUUGCUGGAAACUUUAUCCGGGCUACUGCUGACGAGUGCAGCUUACAGGCUCGGAGUCAAAUGUUUUGAUGUUAUUUAAAUGUGUUGAUCAAAUAUGUCAUGAAAUUUGUUG